UCCUGCCCGGGGGCUGGCCAGAGCCGGUUCGGUGUCUCCCCCUCCGCGGGGAGCAGGAAGGGAGCCCCGGGCGCCUCCCAGCCCUGUGGGCGGCCCCGGCUGCUGUGGCUUGCCCUGCACCUUGCUCUGCCUCCCGCCCCCGCUUCCUCCCGGCUCAGCCACAGCUCCCUCUCGCCGCGCGACAGGACAGAGGCGGACAACAAUGAACGUGGAACAUGAAAUAAACCUCUUAGUUGAGGAGAUUCGGCGGCUGGGGACCACAAAUGCUGAUGGAAAACUGAGUGUGAAGUUUGGUGUGCUCUUUGCUGAUGAAAAAUGUGCCAACCUCUUUGAAGCCUUAGUGGGAACUCUUAAGGCUGCAAAACGAAGAAAGAUUGUUACUUACCCAGGAGAGCUGCUUUUACAAGGUGUUCAUGACAAUGUUGACAUUUUAUUACUGCAGGACUAAUGCAAAUUGCACUUAUUCUAUGCAUUAGUUAAUAUGUUUCAGGUAAAAUGAUUUGCAGAAUUUUCAGAUCAAUGGAAAUCAUGCUAAUGUGUUUGAAUGCAAUUUUCUAUAUCUUUAUAGUCACAAGGAAACUGUGCUAUUUUGGAAAUCUUCCUUUUGUAUUCUUUCUGUGAACAGUACUGUACUGCAAGGUAAAAGAUCCAAGAACUAAAAUCUCAGGUAAUACAUUUUUUAAAAUGUAUCCAAUGGUUUUUGUCACAAUAUAAAACGGAGACGAAACUGGAAAUAUAAGGGUUUACAAAUCAAAACCUGCCACAAAAAUACAAUAAAAUAAUAUGCUUAAAUUUA